CCUCGUGCAGCUGUUGGGCCGCGUGGUACCUGGCUUUAGGGGGCUUUCUAUCUCCAAGAGAGUUCCAUAUGUCGUCCACAUAAACCACGCUUUGAACCGCGUCUUGCCUGUAGGCGCUCGCUGCAUGCGAGGCCAGCCAGAUACGCUGAUAAACAAUGGCAAAAGUUGUCUACGAAGACUUGUCCGGUACUUCAACACCGGUAACCGGCAAUCCUUACGAAGGUUUGAUCAACGCUUGUCACGGUGAUCCUAAACUAAUCCAAGAACGAUAUUCGGCACAUCGGCUGAGCAGGAAUGCUCAACAAAAAGAGAAGAUUCUCAGUGAGGACUUUCAAGGCUGGAUUCUGGACGAGUAUCUCGUCAAACUUGACGGACCGCGAAAGGAUGAAACAUUCCUUGAUCCUCGAUAUUGUCUUGUCUUUUGGGGCAGGCCUCCUCUCAAAGUCAGGAACUUGGUUGAUGUUGUUCAAUCAAAGUUGAAGGAUGCUGCACCAGAUCUCUGGCUUAUGCCCAUCGACAAUUUGCAUAUAACGGUGAUGGAAGUGGCGCAUUCCAAGUCAAAGGACGAGAUUGCAAUUCUCACAGACCUGCUCCAACCUCACUGCAAGAAAAUUGCCGACUAUACCCAGGCACACCGUGCAAGGUUGAUUAAGCCUCUUUUGAGCUAUGAUUCAGCUGCGCUGGCACUGAGCUUCGUCCCGGCUGCUGGGGAAUCGGUCUCUCACGGCCGGAACGCAGAGGACGAUAAAUACACCUAUCAUCACCUGAGGCGAGAUUCCCACGCUACCCUCACUGAAUCAGGCGUUCCAGUCGGGUCGAGAUACGUUGUCCCGUCCGCACACGUAACAAUCGCAAGGUUUAACACGCCUAAUGUUUUUGGUGGGGAUCCAUACGAUGGCAGUAUCACCCAGGACAUCAAAAAACGUAGGCACUGGAUCAAUGAGAUCGAGAUGAUCAACAAGUGGCUCGAAGCAGAAUUCUGGCCUCAGGAAGAGGGGAACUUGAUCAAGCCUGGGGGCGAAUGGCUUGUAGGUGAGGAGAAAGGGCUCGACUUCCGCCAUGGGACGUUGUGGUAUGGUGGAGGCGAAACAAUAUAUUUAGGUGAAGGGUUCCUACACGGUGAAGACUGAUAUUCAUCAAAGUCAAUAAUGCCAGGGGACGAUCUCCCUGAACACAUACAAGAUAUUGCGUUGCUGUUAGGCCACAAGAAAGGUCUAAUGCAUAUAUACAUAUAACUGCUUUAUGGCGUCAUAGCUAUCGUCAUUGGUCGGAGCGAAAAGAAUACAGUGU